AAAAGCGAAAAGUCAUGGCGGCUGACAGUUUGUAAUGAGCCAACAAAAACAGACCAGAUUCUUGCUUUGGAUCUACAACGUUUAAACUACUCCCGGGGAUAAUAAAACGACAAACCCCGACGGCAAAAUGCAGAUAACUUUGAAAACCUUACAACAGCAGACGUUCAAAAUCGACAUCGACGAAGAGGAGACGGUGAAGACAUUAAAGGAGAAGAUUGAACAGGAGAAAGGAAAGGACAAUUUUUCAGUUGCUGGACUGAAACUGAUAUAUGCUGGUAAAGUCCUCAGCGAUGACACGGCUCUCAAAGAAUACAAAAUCAAUGAGAAGAACUUUGUGGUGGUCAUGGUGACAAAGGCUAAAGCAGCCUCGGCCGCCCCGCAGCCUUCACCUGCCACUUCAGCUCCCAGCACUGCAGCCCCUCCGGCCUCAUCGUCCAGCUCUGACAACACAUCCGAGCGAGCCUCCACAGACGACAAACCAGAGGAGACGCGGUCUUCCCCUGCUGAGCCAGCUUCCACCCCCGUCAGAAGCUCGGAGGCUUCAACGAACACGAACCUGAUUGAUGAGGCGGUUUCAAAUCUAGUGACGGGCCCAUCAUACGACGCCAUGGUGACCGAGAUGAUGCUCAUGGGCUACGAGAGGGAGCAGGUGGUAGCAGCUCUGAGAGCGAGCUUCAACAACCCCGACAGAGCCGUUGAGUAUCUGCUCACGGGUAUUCCAGGCAGAGAUCCGGGCCGUGCAACGGGCCCAGAGGCGGUGGUGCCUCCAGUGAGUGUUCAAGCUGCACCCAUAGGUGGCAUCAGCCUUCCUGCCAACACUGGCUCUUCCCCGAGUGCUGCGGGAGGCAACCCCCUCAGUUUCCUAAGAAAUCAGCCGCAGUUCCACGUGAUGCGACAGCUGAUCCAGCAGAAUGCCGCCCUGCUUCCUGCCCUGCUGCAGGAGAUCGGCAGGGAGAACCCGGAGCUGCUGCAGGAGAUUAGCAGCCACCAGGAGCAGUUCAUCCAGAUGCUGAAUGAACCCAAUCCAGAGGCAGUGCCGGCAGGCGGAGGAAGUGGAGGUGGGGGAGCAGGGGGAGCCGGAGGGAUAGCGGGGGACACACCCGGCGGGAGUCACAUGAGCUACAUCCAGGUCACGCCACAGGAGAAAGAGGCCAUUGAGAGGCUAAAAGCUUUAGGAUUUCCGGAGGGACUCGUUAUACAAGCCUACUUCGCAUGUGAGAAGAACGAGAACUUGGCCGCCAACUUCCUUUUACAACAGAACUUUGACGAUGAUUAAAUUUUCAUCUCGACUUUUUUUUUCUUCCUCUUUUUGAUUGCUAAAUAUGUGUACAACAAGCCUUUUACAUUUCCAAAAACACACACAAAAAGAUUUAUUCACCACUUCGACAUUUACCUUUCUUAAAACACUGGAUCAUUAUCAGCUGUUUGAUCAGUUCGAAAUGGAGGAACAAUUAAAGCACUAGAACUUUGCAUCAGAAAUCACCUGUGUACUAUUGAUUUACUUGAAUACUUUAGUUAGUAUGGUUUGCAGUAUGUCACAUUAUCAGUGAGGUUUGUUCAGGAUACAUCCGACAGUAUUCAUGCACUCUUAUUCUGUUUUUUUUAAGUUGACAAGUAAUGGAGAUUUGAAAGAAAUAAAGUUGUGCACAACGUG